AGAGAGAGAGAGAGAGAGAGAUUUGCAAACAUGGCUCCUCUGAUUUAGUUUACCAAAUGUUAUAAACUCUUUAAACGUAAGUCCGGCUAUCAUUUCUAUCACCCUUUUCGUUGCCAUCAUCGUCAUCACCAUCACCAUCAUCAUCAUCAUCAUCAUCAUCAUCAUCAUCAUCCCUUCAGACUGGAUGAGAAAAUGGACCCUAUUGAUCAUUGGAUACCUGAUGAUGUCGCUCAAUGGCUUGAUCACAUCGGAAUCCACCAGCACCAGUCUUCUAUCGACAUGCUUUAUGGUGAGGUCACUCAGGUGUUCUCAGGCUCCAUCAUGCACAACAGUUCGGAUGAUGCUGUUGUUGUUUCUGGACCAGUUCUGCAACGCCUGAUGCAGGAAAAUCUGCGCUAUGGUAACGAUGUCGGUCCAGAGAACCAGGCUAUGACAUUGCCUGGCAACCCCACCUCAGCUGAGAUUGUGCUCCCAGAGACACAGCCCCGACAGGAGCCGCAGGGUCAGGAGCAUCAGGUGGACAACAGCUCCAUGGAAAAGAACGCCAAAGGAGCACAAAACACAGCAGCGAGCAUACAGAUGACUCUUGAUAUCCCUGGGAUUGGAGCAUUAGAGCUUCCCUCAUAUGAGGAGGCUAAAUCGCAGUCUCAGCUUUACAGAGGUCAACAGGGUCAAAACGAAGAGCAGAAUGUGGUCUACACACACUUAAAUGUUCAUAACACAGGAAACACACUCACACACCCAAGUCACACAUAUACAAGUCUGAAGAACACUAACCAGGCAUUCAGCAAUCCAAAUCCUGACCAGAACACGCAGACUCAGUUGAGUUUACAGCCCAAUGAACACAUCCCCACCAGCACUAGCUCUUGUCCUCCGUCUCUCUCCUCAGCUCCCUCGCUGUCCUCCUUUGCUCGUGCUGAAGGUCGUUCAUGGGUCCAGCGAGGGUUUAUGGGAGUGGAUGAAGGCUUAGCAGGGCUUGAACAGGGUCAUGUCCGGUCCCUCAGUGAGCGCAUCAUGCAACUCAGUUUGGAACGAAAUGGAGCAAGGCAGCCUAGAGAGAUGGUUCCUAACAGCAAAGAGCAAAUGGCGACAUCUAUUUCCCCAUCUAGCAAAACUGCCACCCCUCCACCACCUAAAGGAUCUCUAGAUCCUCGUGGUCCUCCUCCUGAAUAUCCUUUCAAAACCAAAGCUCAGUCAAUGUACCCAAGUAGUAUAAGCCCUGGUCCACUAUCACUAGAACAAACCACACACUCUUUUGAAGCUCCUUUGGGACAGAUCUCCAGUCUAAUGCCCCCUGUCAUACUACAGACUGGAUCAGGCACACGUUUACCCCCACAGGGACAGAUCGUACCUGGUGAGGCAUUUUCAACUAUGAGCCACGCUCAACAUAUGGUGACAUUCCUCAGUGAAGAAAACCAGAGACUCAGACAGGAGCUGCUUAUCCAGACCGAGAAAAUGGGCAAAUUACAACGGUUGGAGGCUGAAGUCCAACGUCUCUCAGAUGCCUAUGAGAAUCUGGUAAGAAGCUCAUCAAAGCGGGAAACUCUGGACAAAACAAUGAAAGUGAAACUGGAGGGGGAAAUCAGACGUCUGCACGACUUCAAUCGAGAUCUGAGAGAUCGCUUGGAAACAGCGAACCGCAAGCUGGCAAACCAAGAUGAAGAAGGGCAGGAGGAUAGCCACGAUUACCUCUCAGAGAGAAGGGAGAGUUUAAAGGCGAUGGAGAGGCUGGAGACGGAAGCGGAGUCUUUUCGUUCCGCUAAUGAGGAUCAGCGACGUCACAUUGAGAUUUUAGAACAAGCUCUGAACAACGCUCAGAGCAAAGUGGUCAGGCUGGAGGAGGAGUUGGGGAGGAAAUGUGUGUAUGUGGAGCGCGUGGAGCGUCUACAGCAAGCUCUGGCACAGCUACAGGCUGCAUGCGAGAAACGAGAGCAGCUGGAGAAACGCCUGAGGACACGUCUAGAGAGAGAGCUGGAAACACUAAGAUCACAACAGCGUUCUGGCGUAGGUGUGUGUGAGUCCAGUGCCCCGGCCCUGCUGGACCUGCUGAGAGAGAGAGAAGAGAGGAUUCUGGGAUUGGAGGCAGACAGGAUGCGCUGGGAACAGAAAUAUUUAGAGGAGAGUGCAAUGAGGCAGUUUGCCAUGGAGGCAGCGGCUACAGCGGCUGCCCAGAGGGACACAACCAUUAUUCAGCAUUCUCGCAGUGGCAGCUACAGUGAUGCUUGUCUGUGGCCUCAUGAUGAAGAAGAUAAAACAUACAACCGCUGCUGUCAGGACAUAGAGACCAGGAUGAAAGAUCUCCAUGCUCAGCUGUUGGAGAAAAUCGCAAUGAUUAAAGUGUUGCAACACCGUUCACGUCGAGACUCUGCCCCACUGCGUCCUGCCCGUUCUGUCCCCUCCAUCACCGUAGCAACGGGCGUGCAUUCGCGCCAGGCCUCACAGACUGAAAGUGUACUGCUGGGAAAAGAAAACACUGACCAUCUUUCUCCAUCAAUGCCCUCCUUCACAGCCUCACUGUCAUCCCUCGUUCCAUCACUCUCCUCUUCUCUCCCUUCCUCCUUUACUCCUCUAUCUGUCUCCACUCUCCAUCCCUCAUCAGUAAUGGCCUCCUCUUCACUUCCACUUGCCUCGUCUUCUUCGCUUUUCUUGUCCUCCUCAGCCACUCUUAACCUUCCCACCACACUCUCUCACUCCCUUCCUCCACUGCCCCCAACUGUCUCCUCCUCUCUUCCUUCUACUCCUGUUUUAUCACUCCAUUCUAAAUCAGCUAGCAGAGACAGCAGCACGCAAACAGGGAGGAGUCCAGAGAGUGUCAAAGUCAUGCCCCCUACAGGCCGAGGGAGAACAACAAGAAUGGACUGGCCAACCACUCAGAUGAAGUCUCCUGAGAGUCGAGUCCUCCAAACAGCAGUGCAGGUGAUCAGACCGGCCGACACGGACCUGCUGGAGAUUCUGAUCUAACACACAUUUACAGACUGAAUGCAGUCUCGACACUGGAGCAGAGAGACAGACAGAGCAAGAGACAGCAGAAGGGCAGGCAGAGACGGAGAGGUAGAUAGAUAGUUUGAGGCUCAGCUGCACCAUUUUGAAUGAGUCAGUGCUCCUUGUAGAAAGAUUUGUGUUGAUAUUAUACAUAUAUAUUUUGUGUAUAAGGACACUACUGUUUGUCCUGUUUACCCCAAACUCAAUUUUACUGAGAGUGUGUAAAUGAGAGGAUACGAUGAAACCACAGUUCAUUUGUUUGUGUAUCACACAGUAAAUUGUGAACAGAAGUUGUGAGUGGAGAACUGAAGAAACGUUGAUUUUCUUUGUUUAUGGCGAUCAGUCGCAGCGUGUAACGUGUUUUCCAGACACAGCUCACAGCACAUAGUGAGGUUCUCAAAUCUUAAUUAAAGGCCACACUCACAGAAAGCUGGGAGCACAAAGAAAGUGGAAGUUAUAGAAAUAUUUAAUAAUAUAUAAUAUUAAUAAUAAUAAGCAAGCGCUGAAACCUCCAUCAGCUGAGGCUUUUGUUUGAUGCUCUAACUAACCCAUACUCCAUUUAUACACGGCCAUUUCUUUUAUCAUAAUUAACUGAUUCCUUUUAUUUGUCUUACAUGGAUGUGUGUUGACUUGAUUUCUUUAUUUUUUAUACUCUUUAAUUAUUGCCAAUAAAAAAAGCAGCUGCUUUUCUCUUAAUGUUCUGGAUGCUCUUAGGACCUGGUCUAGUGAAGUAGCAUGAGGAUGUGUUUCUGAUCAAGACUCCAAAGCUCUUUUUUAAUUGGCUCGGGGUAAGGGCCAUAAAACCAUUCAUAUUCAGCUCAAUUAAAAAACGCCCAGUUCAUAUGCAGUUAGUUCCUUUCCUUUAAGGAAGGAUUUAAGAGCAUGUGGUGCAGCCAUGUCUAGGUCACACUGACAGAGAGAGUGAAAGUGGUACUAAUGAAACAGAAGAAAAGGAAAGCUGAGAGUGGAGAAAAAGUCAAUGAGGUGAGUGAGUAUAAUACGUGAUAUAAAGGUGUGUGAGCCUAAAGGAUAAAAGCCAGUGUGUAAGUCAGUGGAGCUUCAAUCUGGUUAAUGAUGUGUCUGGUAAAAACACUCCACCUUUUCUCUAGCAUUUCUACACAUCUUUCUAGAAAAACAAAAAAAGUUUUUAUAUUGCGCUAAAUCUCUGUUGCUUUCAUGUAAAAUGUGAUAUUAGCUUGAGUUGAUAAUCAUAUGGAAAUGUAAUAUCUCCUACUGAAGCGCUGAGAUGUUUAUGUGGUUCCUCAUCUGUUCUCUGGAAUACAUAAUGCAAUAAAAUCGUGCCUUAA